AUUGGCCACUCCAAUGAACCCCUCACCCUCCCAUUGGCCGCCUUCUCCCUCUCGCCGCUGCAGCUGAUCCCAAUCCCUCGUCAGAUUCUGAUUCUCCCCUUCCUAUUUCUCUCUUUCAUGAUUGAUCGAGCUCAGCAGCUAUGGCGGCAGCGCUUCUGUUGUAUUCUCCACCUUCGUCUCUCUCUCAGCUCUUAGUCACUUAGCUUGUACAGUCCUCCAAUGGAGGUAACUUCAGCUCCCGCAUCAGAUUGAGCCUCCGGGAAGUGGUUCUGAAGGUGCUUUUUCAACUUGGAGAGCUGGGGGUUAAUUCAGCUUCAUUGACUCUGUGGAGUAUCGGUCGUAAGUUCCUUUUGUGGAUUCCGGUUUCGUUUGAGUCCUGGUUAGGGUUUUUCCAUAGCCGGAUAUGGAGGAGCAGAGGGCGAACAGGUUGAAUCCGGGGAUAAACGAUGUGGUCCUCGGCUGCGUGAUGCCGUACAUCGACGACCCUAAGGACCGGGACGCCAUCUCGCUGGUCUGCCGCCGGUGGUACGACAUCGAUGCUCAGACGAGGAAGCACGUGACGAUCGCCCUCUGCUACACCACGAGCCCCGAGCGGCUGAGGCGCCGGUUCAGGCACCUCGAGUCCCUGAAACUGAAGGGGAAGCCCAGAGCCGCCAUGUUCAACCUGAUUCCGGAGGCCUGGGGAGGCUACGUCACCCCGUGGGUCAACGAGAUUGCUCGGUCGUUUGACUGCUUGAAGUCUCUCCACUUCCGUCGCAUGAUUGUGAACGACUCCGAUCUUGAAACCCUAGCUCGGCAUCGCGGUCGCGUCUUGCUGGUUCUUAAGCUCGACAAGUGCUCCGGGUUCUCCACGGAUGGGCUUUUACAUGUCGGGCGCUUGUGCAGGAACUUAAGGACCCUGUUUCUAGAAGAAAGCACAAUCGAUGAGAAAGAUGGUGAAUGGCUCCAUGAGCUUGCCUUAAAUAACUCUGUUCUUGAGACUCUGAACUUUUACAUGACUGAGCUUCUCAGAUGUAGUGUUGAGGACCUCGAACUAAUAGCCAGGAAUUGUCAGUCCUUGGUUUCUGUCAAGAUUAGUGACUGUGAAAUUUUGGAUCUUGCUGGUUUCUUUCGUGCUGCGUCAGCCUUGGAGGAAUUUGGCGGUGGUCUUUUCAACGAGCAACCUGAAAGAUAUGCUAAUGUGGCAUUUCCCCCAAGACUUUGCCGCUUGGGUCUUACCUACCUAGGGAAAAAUGAGAUGCACAUAGUGUUUCCUUUUGCAACCUCUCUUAAAAAGUUGGAUCUCCUAUUUGCAUUGCUCGAUACGGACGAUCACUGCCUUCUAAUUCAGAAGUGCCCCAACUUGGAGGUUCUCGAGACGAGGAAUGUGAUUGGUGAUAGAGGACUGGAGAUUCUAGCUCAUUUUUGUAAGCGCUUAAAGAGGCUUAGAAUUGAAAGAGGUGCAGACGAGCAGGGAAUGGACGAUGAAGGUGGCCUUGUUUCUCAAAGAGGACUAACCGCUUUGGCUCAGGGCUGCCUUGAACUCGAGUACAUGGCUGUCUAUGUGUCUGAUAUCACAAAUGCAGCUCUUGAGUGUAUCGGGACUCACCUGAAGAACCUCUAUGAUUUUCGAUUGGUCUUGCUUGAUGGAGGGAACGUUAUGGAUCUGCCGCUUGAUAAUGGAGUCCGAGCUCUCUUGAUGGGCUGCGAGAAGCUGAUAAGGUUUGCUUUCUAUCUCCGUCGAGGGGGCUUGACAGAUGUGGGCCUUGGUUACAUUGGACAGUACAGUCAAAACAUCCGAUGGAUGCUUCUGGGAUGCGUAGGCCAGUCUGAUGCUGGGCUCAUUCAGUUCUCCAGGGGCUGCCCAAGCCUACAGAAGCUUGAGAUGAGAGACUGCAACUUCACUGGGCAUGCACUAUCAGUGGCUGUGAUGAACCUGACCUCUCUGAGGUACCUCUGGGUCCAGGGCUACAGGGGAUCAGAUGCAGUCAACGAUCUCCUAGCAAUGGCCCGGCCAUACUGGAACAUAGAGCUGAUCCCAGCCCGGAGAGUCUCAACAGACCAGGGUGGAGAUUCUGAGGUCCAGGACCACCACCCUGCCCAUAUCCACCCUGCCCAUAUCCUCGCCUAUUAUUCCCUCGAAGGACCGAGAACUGAUUUUCCUGUCACAGUUGUUCCUCUAGCUCCUGCAAACCCCUCUGCUUAGUAGAGAGACAGAGGUGUAUAUACUCAACUUUUCGCCUGAAGUUCUAAGUCUUUCCUACUGCAUAAGAAGGCUCACACGUGUUUGUAGAUUCUGUGUGCAACACACACUCCUCUCGGAAGGGGAGAGAGAGAGUUUUCUUGGUGUAACUUUUCAGCUUCAACUGCCCUCUCAUUUUCUAACUUUCCUUUGUCUUGGCAAUAAGAUUGUAUUCCUGUAACCAGUGAGGAUCUGCUACUUUGUUUUGAAUACCCUGUUCAUCGGAACCAGUUUUUUCUUGGCCCUUUCCGAGAUGAGUUGUAUUAAUUAGCAACGGCCAGUUCAUUCUUUGAGAACACACAAUGUUGUUUUGGACAGACGAGAGGGGUUGCUCGAGCUUGUGAAUUAUGCAACUGUCUGUUGCGA